CCCCCCCCCCCCCGCUUGCCUGUCGGGUUGGAAGCCAGGUUAGUGGCGCGAGGUGGCCCGAGCGGACCCGGGGAUACGUAGCGCCGCUUCUGAGUGGCCUGGCGGGCCCCCUAGUGCACUCCUUUGUGGGCUGCGUGUUUGCGUUCUAAGCUGCUCCCCCCGUGUUACCGUCCGCACUGGGAAGACAAGAAUUCCCCGCAGGGUCACAGGUGCAGGCGCCUCGCCUGGCCCCUUCCACGUUAUCUGUGCUCUGUGAUCCGCGGGAGCGGGUGUUGGCCCCAGGUGCCGGGCAGGAUGCCGCUGCUCACCCAGCGGAUCCAGGACGAGAGUGACCAGUACAGCCUAGUGGCCAGCCUGGACAACGUCAGGAACCUCUCCACGAUCCUGAAAGCCAUUCACUUCCGCGAGCACGCCACCUGCUUCGCUACUAAGAAUGGAAUCCGAGUCACAGUGGAAAAUGCAAAGUGUGUGCAAGCCAACGCUUUCAUCCAGGCUGGAAUAUUUCAAGAGUUUAUAGUUCAGGAGGAGUCCAUUACAUUUCGCAUUAAUUUAACAGUCCUUUUAGACUGCUUAUCAAUUUUUGGAUCGAGUCCUACGCCAGGGACUCUAACUGCACUUCGGAUGUGUUACCAGGGUUACGGUCACCCUUUGAUGCUGUUUCUGGAAGAAGGCGGAGUGGUGACAGUCUGCAAGAUCAAUACUCAGGAGCCUGAGGAUACCCUGGAUUUUGAUUUUUGCAGCACCAACGUUAUUAAUAAAAUUAUUCUGCAGUCAGAGGGACUCCGGGAGGCAUUUUCCGAGUUGGAUAUGACAAGUGAGGUCCUACAGAUCACCAUGUCUCCUGACAAGCCUUAUUUCAGGUUGUCUACUUUUGGAAAUGCAGGAAGCUCCCACCUUGACUAUCCCAAAGAUUCUGAUUUGAUGGAAACAUUCCUUUGUAACCAGACUCAAGUUAACAGGUACAAGAUCUCUCUACUGAAACCCUCUACAAAGGCCUUAGUCCUGUCUUGUAAAGUAUCCAUUCGGACAGAUAACCGAGGAUUCCUCUCAUUACAGUACAUGAUUAAAAAUGAAGAUGGACAAAUAUGCUUUGUGGAAUAUUACUGCUGCCCAGAUGAAGAAGUUCGUGAAUCUGAGUAUUGAAUGUGAGAACCAAUAGGAUACAAGUGUGAUACAUUUUGUUAGGUUGUGUUCUCAUUCUGAUACAGUACUCUUCAUGAUUUCUUCUUGGAUUUUUUUCCAUAUGGAAGAGGCAUAGGGAAGAACUGGAACAAAAAUCCUGUACUCUGAUUAUUGCUGUAAAUUUUGUAAAUAAAUAUUUUCUCGUAGUCGUAGAUUUUCCAGUA